CAGACGUCAUGACGUAGUAGCGCGUCCCGCUAACCGGAAGUGUCGACAGGACGAUUUGUUGUUUGUGUGAACGGGCGACAGAGCGAUGUUUUGAACACAAAGUGCGGUCCUCCGAGUGUCCCGAGGUUGCGAUUCGGCCCGCAGCGCUGCCGUACGAGACGGAUAAUCCUCCCCGAGCCAUGGCUGGGUGUUUCUGAUCCGUUGUUGCCUCUUUCCUUCCCCCACUAACACCUCAAGCGGAGGGUUGCUAACGCUAGCUAAAGCUAGGUGAAUGUAAACAAGCAGAAGAGGGGAUCCGCUGUUCAAACGGAGGAAAGAAAGGGCAAGAAUCGGGAACGUCGCCCGGAUGACAGCGGGUGAUCUGGUUUAUUAGGGCUCUUUGGCGUCAACUGUUUGAGUUGCCAUUGUUAUUUGAUUUAGCAUAGGAGAGAUCGGGUGUAAUAUUGCCGAGGACACCUCCCUUCCUUUGGCUCCUGCAGUUCUUUAGCUGCAGUAGUUCGACUGAUCCUCUGCCAGACAACUUGGCCAGCUUGGGUUUUCUAUAGCGUGUGGUUUUGAUGGGAAAACGUUGAAAUCGGAGCAGAAACCGGUUUAUGGAUUACACAGCAAAAAAUGAACUAAGAUACGUAAAGAGAUCUAUGACUUUGGGGUGCACAGUGUAAAGCAGGUAUUACAUUUCAUUCAGUGGCAGGGAACUGGACGUGUUUAAGGCGUCUGACUUCUGAUCAGAAGCUCUUGAGGUCAAAUCCCUGCACCACCAAGCUGCCACUGCUGGGCCCUUGAGCAAGGCCCUUAACCCGAGGCCCUUAACCCUCAUCGGCUCAGUUCUUCCUUGGAGAACGUCAGAUCGGAGAAGCACACAUAUCAUGGCCCAUCAGCAGAUGCCCAGCUCUCAGAAAGCCCUAAUGCUGGAGCUGAAGUCUCUGCAGGAGGAACCUGUCGAGGGCUUUCGCAUAACACUGGUGGCAGAAUCUGACCUGUACAACUGGGAAGUUGCCAUAUUCGGACCCCCGAAUACACUCUACGAGGGGGGCUACUUUAAGGCCCAUAUAAAGUUCCCCAUCGACUACCCGUACUCACCGCCAACCUUCCGCUUCCUAACCAAAAUGUGGCACCCGAACAUAUACGAGAAUGGUGACGUGUGCAUUUCCAUCCUGCAUCCCCCUGUGGAUGACCCUCAGAGUGGAGAAUUGCCAUCAGAAAGGUGGAACCCCACACAGAAUGUCAGAACUAUUUUGCUAAGCGUGAUCUCGCUGCUGAACGAGCCCAAUACAUUUUCCCCAGCUAACGUGGACGCCUCGGUCAUGUUCCGUAAAUGGAGGGACAGCAAGGGCAAGGACAAGGAGUAUGCCGAGAUCAUCCGGAAGCAGGUGGCGUCGACGAAGGCAGACGCAGAGCGGGACGGCGUCAAGGUGCCCACCACGCUGGCCGAAUAUUGCAUCCAGACCAAAGUGCCUUCCCACGACAGCAGCUCCGACUUGCUGUACGACGACCUCUACGACGACGACAUCGAGGAAGAGGACGACGACGACGACGAAGCGGAGGCCGGUGGGCCGGCAGGGGACAUGAGCGCGGACUGCUACGGCGACGAGGAGGACUCUGGGAACGAGGAGUCUUGAUGUCAUGACUCCGGCCCUCCCUCCCCCUUUCCACCGUACUCCACUCUGUGUCCGUUGAAGCUGCUGAUCUUUUACAGUUUUUCUCCACAGCAUCAUGUCGCCCUCCUGCACACUCGCUGUGUAGGGUCUAACACUGCACUGGGUUUUUAGAGCCCUAAUAUUGAGCCCUGGCAGAGCGUUUCAAGCAAAGAACACCACUUUCAUUACUCACUAGGGCAAGGGUUAAGUGCUUCAACGAUUUCUGAUCGAGAACUCGUAGUUCAGUAAUUACAAUAGAAAAAAAAAACUCUUUACCACAAACGUAGUUGAUCAAUUUGGUGUCUGUUUGGUGUUUUGAUGAUUUUAUGAUCCAAAGUCCAAUGCCUUAACCACAAACCUACCACCUCCAUAUUUAAAUUUACAUUUCCGGCAUUUUUCAGAUGCCCUUAUCCAGAGCAGUUGCGGGUCAAGGGCCUUGCUCAAGGGCCCAGCAAUGGCAGCUUGGUGGAACUGGAAUUUAAACUUGUGACCUUUUGCUUCAGAAUCCAAUGCCUUGGUUUAAGGUGAUAGGAAACUACCAACUUUCUGUUCAUCUGAUCUAACUUUGGAUUGGAACUGUUAAGCUAACGUACAUAACAUCUUCCAAAAGUAAUGGCGCUUUGGCUUGAGGUUUAAUCCAUGGGAGAUUUCUGUAAUCUGUAAAUAUGAGCAAAUAAAUUUACAAUGCAGAUGAACAUCCAUACAAGGUGGUAUCAAAAAAUUUGGAGACUAGCUCUGUUUACAAGAAAGAUCAUCUUUGUGAAAAGGACAAAGUUCGCAGACACCAAAUCUGGCGAGUAGGGUGGGUGCGGAAGCGAGAUCACGUUGUUUCCGGCGAGAAACGUGUAAGGACAGAUCGGUGAGAGGCUGUUCUAACUUGCUGUCCAUGAUAAAAAAUCAUGACCGCAGACGUCGCACGGCUCCCGAUGUACACAAGAUGAUGUCCUUUGAAGUUUGGUGCUCUCUGUGACUGUGCGUGCAGCCUUGUGCUGCCAUCUGUUGGCGUGUUAUUCAACCAGAAUUAAAGGGUUUUGAUAUCACCUCAUAGAAAAAAAUGAUUUUUUUUGUAGUAUUUUGGUUUUGUACCAUUCUAUCUUUUAAGUAGCAAAAGGUAAAAGAAGAGUUCAAAGAAAAAUGGAUCAGGUAUACUUAAUACACUUUCACUAAAAUGAUUAUUAUAAAAAAAAAAAAUAGAUCUAAAUAAUUUAUUUGAAUGACCAUAAUUAAAAAUUUUUUUUUCAAAUUCAUGGCCCCAAAAUUACAAAAGCAAACGUCAGACACCGAACAGUGCCGCCUGAUCAACUACAUUUCGGGUAAAAAAGUAAAUUUGGACGAAUUCUUCCUUUAAAACAAGUCAUGCGCAGAUUUGUCACCCUCUCCCAGCAUCCAUCUUCCUCAGCCUGCCUCGAAACCUCAUUGCUUUUGGAUACUCGCUCCACCCAAAUCCUGUCAUUUCAAGUGUCUUUCCGUUCAAAUUCCCCCUCAAUUUCUCCUCCCUUUACCCCGUGUUGUGUUCCUUUAGCAGUAACAGGUGACGCAUUUCAACAAACCUUGAGUGCUUGAGUGCCACUCGACCACCUGUGACGAUCUCUGCUUUAUAAAGUAUUCGAGCUCGGAGAAGGAAAUGGUGCGAAAGGGUUCCGUUGUAUGCGAGUCACAACCUUUUUUUUUCCUCCUUAAGUCUUUUGAGCCAUUCAAUUCCAGUGUCAAAGGUGGUAAUGAAGUUGCUUUCAGGUGCUACUGCAGAAUAACGACUGCAGCAUCAGCAUGGACACCGGGAUCUCCGCUAAGGAUGGAUCGCUGACCAGAAAUUAGUUUUUUGCCCUUUUAAAAUAAACAAAUACAAGAUUGUUGCUGGUGAUGAUUAAACUGUGCACAAAUAAAAAA